UGAGAUCCUUGCGUUGCUCCAACGAUACGCGGAGAGCUCACGCUGCCACUAGACUACCUAGCUUAGACCAGCUAGCUCCUAGUUAUUAGUACAGGCUGUGUAUCUCGCCGCAGCAAAGAUGGCUUUCAUAAAAGUUGAGCGUUGGUCAUGGCCACGGAACUCUCUCCAGUUUCUCAACAUCUCACGGCUCAUUGUACUUAUGAUAUACAUCGAUCCCUCCUUUGCCGCAAACUCUUCCAUUGCUACUUCUUCGGAUGUCUGGGCAGCGCUUGUCGCAAACAUUGCGCCGCUCCUCGUCCUGGUGGGCGAAAAGCAUGUGAAAGCCUACUUCAAGAUCAUGUGUCGGACUUCACACCACCUCCUCUACGCCGCGGGACCCAUCGGUCUCGUCACGGCCAUCACAACCCUGGUCCGGCUCAAUGGCUCCCCGCUGCUGAAGCGCAUCAUCGGCCGCCAGUUCGAAACCAGAGCGGAGGUGCUGGCGGAUGUUACCAGCGUAACCGCCGGCGACGUCUGUCUGGAGCUCAAGAACGGGAAGCUGGAGCAGACGACGAACCCCGAUCCCCAAGACUGGGCGCAGUUCUAUGUGCACGGCAAGAAGGUGGGCGGCGCACAGGUGGCGCUCGACUAUGCCGCUGGUUUCAGACCGAUCAUUGGCAGUAUCGCCUACGGCGCGGUGGUGACGACCAGUCAGCAGUACAUGCGCAAGUGGGGUUGGGGGAUGGUGGCAUCGUUCCGCGCUGUCGGAGACGACGCGCCCGUCAAGACGCGAAAAGUCGCAGAGGCUUAUCUGUCGGGAUCUAGUUCUUUUGAGGAUGGACAGGAUGCCGAAGAGCUGCGCGCGACGGAAGCGUGCGUAGCGGUGUAUGCGGCUUGGACGGAUGUGUCUUUCAGCCUUACCGCGAGCCAUUGCCUCGACCACGGACUGACGGAUGUGAUGAGGUUGGCAGUGGUCUUGACUUGCAUCUUGGCCGACGUGGCCGUAAUAGCCAUGAACUGGGUGCAGCAGCGUGAUAACCAGAACUGCGCACUCGUGGCCGCCGGAGUCGCCAUAUCGGUUCUUGGGAGCUUCAUUACCGCUCGCCUGGUCGAUGCUGCUUCCGACGAGACAACGAUCGACCUGACCCCGCUAUCGGCGACCAGAGCAGGGUUCUAUUCGGAACGCAUCGCCGAAGGUACGGAGCUGUCGUUCUGUCCCGAGGCUGUUGUGAUUUCGUCCGUCGCAACGAUGAGGCCCGAACGCAAGCGGCUGGUCGGUAUCUUGUCACAUUGUACAGUCGUUGUGAUGACGCUGGGGUACAUCGCGCUGUAUUUGGGCUUGAGAACAUCGCUGUGGUGGGCGCCACUGGCGCUUCUGUUAACCUUCGCCGUUGCGUCGGUGGCCCGAGCAUAUUUCGUUCCCGACGAGCUCGAGCUCCUGAAAUCCGGCGAUCCGUCCCCAUUUCCGUUUGGAGAUGUACUCGACACCAUAUCCGCCCGAGGGGACCUACUUUUCAAGGACGAAGGGUCAACUCCGAUCGCCAACGAAAAGGAUCCGAAAGACACCAGUAGCGGUUGCCAGUCCGGUAACUCGAACACCGGUACUCCUGGACUUCCCCUUCAGCUUUCCCCGGCACGUGUCGGCCCGACAUACGAAACGGUGGCGUACAGAUGUGCCUUCUCGCAAUCCACAGUUCCUUGCUCGCUAGACAACAACCGUUUCUUCAUCGCCGCAGUGCUGGCCAUUGUCAUCCGGCUACGCCGACACUCUUCCGUGGGCCGCUCGGUGCCUGUGGAAUUCACGGAGAGCACCCUUACAGAUACGACCGGGCAAGUUCUUUAUUCGGAUCUACUUGGCCGCGACGGGGUGUGGCGGCAGCCGCUCGAGAUCAUGGUCAGCGCCGUCGACAUGUACAGCGCCAACCCGAUGGACGAGUUUCUGAUCCCGCUGAAGGCGUGGUACUGGCGCGCGGAAGCCGUGCGGGCGCGGGGAUUUGCCAAAAAAAUCUCGAGCCAAAACCUCGAAACGGAGCUGAACGAGCGAGGACGGAAUAAUCAGUUCCCGAGCUUUGGAGACGACGCAGGGAGUCAGAUUGGCGAAGCGGGUUGCCUCUGGAUGGCGGUGAAGAUUGCGUUUGUCGUGUUUGGUGGGUGGACCACGUCAAGGCUGGAACAGUUCUUGGUCGCCAAUCUGGAUGCCCAGCGGGACUCUAUGUUGUCGGAAGCGGAGCAGCAGUCGUUGCUGGAGUGCUUGAAAGUGGCGGGGCUGGUGGUCGUGGUGUGAGGCACCGGUUCGGUGGAGAAGCAUAGGGGAAUGAAGUAUAGCAGAAUCAUAGGAAUAAACACGCCGUUUCCAUAUCCACGGUCCAGAGCGCAACAAGGAAAUGAAACUAGGAAAAUAAAAGGUCCGCUCCUCACUCCGCCUCGUCCUCUAUCUCUUCAUGAGGAGAAGCCAUGAAGGGGUGUGUAGGGAAGAACAGCUGGAGUGACCCGGGUACCUCGACCUCAGCGCCCUUCUCUUCCACUCGGGGAUAGCACUCGAAGAGGUGCUGCCGGGUCUGGGUCUGGGUCUUGUACCGACACCAUCCUCAGCUGGCGGCAAGGCUGCUCCCCGACUACUGGUGGUAUUACAUAUCCGGUGCGACAGU